AUCUUAGAUCAAGUGAACUGAAGCAUAUCAUCUGAAAAUGUUGAUCAAAUUAAUACCGAAGCGCUCGAGUUAAAUAUCCUAUUGGGAGGAUCUUGCGUACCUGUUGGUUACAAGUUCAUGCACGUGUAAAAAGUACGUGUCAACUUCGAGUUUGAGGUUUCAGUUUGGACACUGAAUCUGUGACCAACAGUCUUUUAAAAGCUAUGAUGGCAUCCUGACACGAACUCAAGGUCGACAAAAACCGUGGCGGAUUCUUUAUUCUGCGAAAUCAUGAUAUUGCAACGGAAAGCCAAUCUCUUCGGGGGCUCAACUCCAUUGUAGUAUCUAGGGUAUCUUGUGCAUCGCUAUGUUCAAAGGUUCUGUACGAGUAAUUCCUAUACAACUCAGACUGCUUUAAACCGGACUUUUUGGACAAGUGCUCCUAGCCUAUUAUGAUAUGAAUUCUUAAUUAAUUGGAUAAAAAAUAAUGUAACAUUCAUAUCAUCUCGUUUGCGGUUAAUGAAAAAAACUUUGCGACGGGACAUGAGUUAUGUUAUAAAUAUUCAAGACAGUACAGAUAUGGCCGCACAUUGUCACAUAAGCAAUGGUACCACUUUCUCCACUUCUGUCAAAAACGGGUCACAUCAUGGUCGCCACACACAGUCCUCGGACUCCGGCCUCGGGAUAUGGGAAAUCAUCAACCCGUAUUUUCUCCAUCAAUGGAUGCCGUACUUUUUCUUUGGAGAAGUUGUGUUCAUGUAUUCGGUGGGUUGUUUCUUUGCAUUGCCACGGUUGUACCCAGAGACGGUUCAUAUACACCAAGUCAUCGGAACUUUUUUUCUCUAUGAAAUAGUUGUCAACUGGUGGUUCAUACACAGAACAGAUUCAAGUUUUAAGGUUUCGGAGUAUCCUAAAGAAAAACUGGCGACUGGGCCUUAUCCAUUCAAGGUGCCCGAAAUCAUUCAACAAAAUAAACUAGUCCCCAUCAUCCAGGCCCACAUCAACACGUCUCACUACCCCUACUGGCAGUGGUCCCCGUGUCUGUCCUGUAAAUGGUGGCGCCCGCCCAGGUGCCACCACUGUAAACUCUGCGGCGGCUGCAUCCUGAAGCGCGACCACCACUGUUUCUUUGCAAGGAACUGCAUAGGACUGAAAAAUCUGCGGUAUUUCCUCGUGUUCCUGUUUUACACGUGCGUGGCGUGUGCGUUCACCGUUUUUCAUGGUGUCAACUUCCUGUUACAGUUUUACUGGGCUGACAUGUCCUAUUUAGACCUUGUUCCGAUGCUCUCUUUCCUAAGGUCCAUUCUCGGAUCGAACACAACCCUGGCUCAAGUAGGAGUAAUGGUUAUCAUGGGAUAUGGGCUUCUUGCGUUAUCGCUUUUAAGUUUCAUGCAUUUCAUAGACGCCUGUUUUUCUCUUGUGGUUGGAAAAACCGGUUUUGAGUUGGAAAACAACAUUGACGUGAAAGAUCCGAGAAGUGUGACAAGGAAACUCCAGUCUGUGUUCGGACCUCAUUGGCAGUAUGCCUUUAUACUACCCACCCCCUAUUUUUUGAGUCCUGCCAUAGAGGACCCAUAUAACUGGAGUUCUCUGAUUCCGCCCAAAAAGAAAAACCCCGUGAUACAAUUGGUGGAUCCAUGAUGGUUUGUUUUUGAUGAAGAUUUGCUCAAUUCAUUCUGUUUUUGUGAUGAAAACUAAUUGGAUGCAAUUUUGUUAUUGUUAAGGUCCUGUAUUAGGAUAUUAUGGUAUCAUAGAUGUAAGAUGACAACGAAAUUUACAGCAUUACAUAAAGCACACAGACAAAUGUAGUGUAUCUGUAUGGAUAGCAAUAACGAGUUUCUUCAUAUUAUGUAAACAUUUAAACUUUGGUGAUUCAUGCGGGAUAUGAAUGUAGCGACAUUGAAGAAAAAAUGCAAAACCGCGUUAGCCGGUUAUGUAAUUUUUCUGCAAUUAUCACUCUACCUUCAUAACCUGCAUGAAUCAUCAAAGAAAGCAUUUUAUCGUUUAUAUUUACAUUUUUCCAGAAAUUUUGAAUUGAUUGUAGGGAGUAAGUAAAAGUAAAUAAAUUAUUGUUAAUGUACAUCAGUACUUUAGAUAAAAGAAACAGCCAGGUCGUCUUAUAUGAGAAUUCAAGUCCGACAUAAUCAUGAUAAUUUCUUACAGUCCGUGAUUUUGUUUGGUUGCUGAAGGUUUCUAUCGAUCGAUAAACAGGUUAGAAAAGAAUCGUAUAGAAUUCAGUCCUGUCAGUUCCUAAAAAGCUAUGAACCGUAAAAAAGAGAGGUAAACAUAUUUAAUGGAUGUAAAUAUUACAUUCUGAUUUGGAUGCAAAAUUUGUCAUUGUUAAUCUCGUGUACAUAAGAUAUUACGUUGUUCUACUAAAAAAAAAUAAACAAAACUGACGAAAAAAGUAAACCAUAUUGACACAUGUUGAUAGCCCUUUCAAAUUAAAUCAACUGUAAUUUUGAUGCUUUUCAAGUGCACGUGAGAAUGGGUUAUAAGGAGUUGGAGAUACAUUGAUCUGUGACGGACCACACUGUUUCGAGUUUUUAUUGGUGUGAUCAAAUCUGGUUUGUCAAAAUACGCUGUGAUUCUUGUUAUUUAUUAAUAAUAAAAUAAUGAAAUAUU